AAAGGAAGGACCGGGAAGCGGUUUGUAUGCACAAAGCUCCACGGGACCAGGUCUGCAGCUUCCUGCCUUCCUCCCUCUUCCCCUGUCACACUCUUACACGACGAUACUGUUUUUCGUUAACCGCCCGCUUGUCGUUUUUCCCCCUUCUACCGGCCCUCCUCCCUCCCUCCCUCCCUCCCUCCCCCACUCUGACAUCAUCGCUUCGUCAUCAUACCUGCAAUCGCCAGCUCUCUCUCUCUCUCCUCUGUGUGUUUUUGGUGCUUAUUAUAUAAAGACCGCUCAACUUUCCCAGUCAUUCACCGCCACUUCGCGAAUUUUCUCGCACCCCAUUUAUUCUUCCUCUUUAUCUUUUUCCAUUUGAAAUCUCUCUCUCUCUCCCUCUCUCUCUGCAUGAACUCUCUGAAAUCUCGCACCCCAUCAUUUAUACUCUGAAAUCUGUCUCUCUCUCUCUGUUCUCCCUCUUUCUUCAUCUCUCUGGGAAAACAUAUAUUACAUAUAAUUUACAUAUAUAUUGGCGGUUGUGUCAUGGCGAUGGCGGAUUCGCCUGAGGCAGUAGUCAUCGCAGGCGCCACCACAAGCCCCCGCGCGGACUCAGAUCUCAACCACACGCUACGCCGCAGACCCUCGGCCUCCACCGUGGCGGAAUCCGAUUCCUUGAACGAUUUGGUUAGGGACUCCGGCGGUGAUGACUCGGUUGGCGCCAAGCUCGGCGGCGGCGGCGGCGGCGAUAACGGCCGUAUUGGAGGCUCUGACGGCUCGGCUGAGUCCGUCAAUGCUGUUCAAGACAAGAAGGGACUCGGCGAGAAUGAUCGGGGCGGUGAUCCCUCGGCCGUGAAAUUUGCGUAUCGGCCGUCCGUUCCGGCUCAUCGGAGAGUUAAGGAGAGUCCUCUCAGCUCUGAUGCCAUCUUCAGACAGAGCCAUGCCGGUCUCAUCAAUCUGUGUAUAGUAGUACUUGUUGCUGUAAACAGCCGGCUAAUCAUCGAGAAUUUAAUGAAGUAUGGUUGGUUAAUUAAAACUGGUUUCUGGUUUAGUUCAAGAUCAUUGCGAGAUUGGCCACUUUUUAUGUGCGGCCUUACUCUUCCUAUCUUUCCACUUGCGGCCUUUGUAGUUGAGAAGUUAGCGCAACAAAAGUGUAUAUCUGAAGCUGCUGUUGUUUCUCUUCAUAUAGUCAUUACAACAACUUCAAUUUUGUAUCCGGUUGUGGUGAUUCUCAGGUGUGAUUCUGCAGUUUUAUUUGGUGUUGCGUUGAUGCUCUUUGCUUGCAUCGUAUGGUUAAAACUCGUAUCUUAUGUGCACACAAACUAUGAUAUGAGAGCACUUCACAUAGCAGUUGAGAAGGGGGAUGCCACACCUAGUUCUCUGAAUACAGAUUACCCUCAUAAUAACAAUUUAAAAAAUAUGGCAUACUUUAUGGUCGCUCCAACAUUAUGUUACCAGACUAGUUACCCUCGCACAGCAUGUGUUCGAAAAGGUUGGGUGUUUCGUCAACUUGUGAAGUUGAUCAUUUUUACUGGAGUGAUGGGAUUUAUAGUAGAACAAUACAUCAACCCUAUUGUCAAGAAUUCAAAACAUCCUUUGAAGGGGGACUGGUUAUAUGCCAUAGAGAGGGUUUUGAAGCUUUCAGUUCCCAAUUUAUAUGUGUGGCUAUGCAUGUUCUAUUGCUUUUUCCACCUCUGGUUAAAUAUUGUUGCUGAGCUGCUUUGUUUUGGUGAUCGGGAGUUCUAUAAAGAUUGGUGGAAUGCAAAAACUGUUGAGGAGUAUUGGAGAAUGUGGAACAUGCCUGUUCAUAAAUGGAUGGUUCGCCACAUCUAUUUUCCAUGCCUACGUCACGGAGUACCCAAGGGAGUUGCCAUCGUAAUCGCCUUCCUAGUAUCUGCCGUAUUUCAUGAGCUAUGCAUAGCUGUUCCCUGCCACAUUUUCAAGUUGUGGGCUUUUAUCGGAAUUAUGUUCCAGGUACCACUUGUCUUGAUCACAAAUUACCUGCAAAAUAAAUUCAGAAACUCGAUGGUGGGAAAUAUGAUCUUCUGGUUCAUCUUUUGCAUUCUUGGUCAACCGAUGUGCCUGCUUCUGUAUUACCACGACUUGAUGAAUCGGAAAGGGAAACUCGACUGAAGGUUUAGUCUCUAAGUAUGGAUCGAAUCGCUCUGGAAGCGGUGUUGCCUUCCGAUAAGCCGGCUUUCCUCCUCCGUCCAAGGCAACUCUAACUUAUAGCUGCUUCCUCUGGUUUCAACGUUUUCAUGUUCCAUACGUUUUUCAUUUUUCUUUUUUCUUAUAUAUAUAUUUUUGUUAAUUCAAUUGAUUUUAUAUACAAUUUUGAAUAUCUUUCUCUAACAGUGAGCUUCUCCUGGUUUAGUUAUUGCGGUAUAUAUUUAGUUGGGAAUUUUGAGGAAAUGGUUUCAAUAUCAUCCCCCAGUCCCCACCCUUAUAUCA